CCAAAAUUGCAGCGGCUUAUUUCGUCUGUGGUCGGUGUGUCUGCUUGCCAUAGGUGCUGGUUGCGAAGUGGUCGCUCAAAUGCAGCUUUCAACGCUAGUAUUCCUAGGUUUAGUGGGUGCAGUAUGUGCGACCGAAAGGGUCUUCAUUCCGCUCGCUCCUCAGGCGGUGAAAUUCGUGGCCAGCGAGACCAUCAAGUCGUCGCAGAUCGGCGAUGUCCUGUCGAGCAUUCUUGGUUUUACAGUUAAACCGUCUGACCCCUGGAACAGCCUAGCACCUGUGAACCCUUUCAAGGUCCCCAAAACGACCCUCGUACUGGACUUUGAUGGCUUUGAUGGCGACACAACAUUGGAUGUCUCGGGAAAAAAUUUUCCUCUAGAAAACGAUGCAAGCCUUCAGCAGCAACUGGAGCUGCUUUCCGAGAGAACACUGGAGAGGUUUGCAGAGCAAGAACCUGUGGUCCUCUACAUGAAGACAGGUGAAAAGCUGUAUGGUGCCAAGAUGGCCUAUCCUGAACUGCUGCUGACCGUCUCACCGGAGGUAGACAGCCGCCUGAAGGAGGCCGUCAAGGACGUCGAGCUGUCGAAGGUGCUCCGCGAUGGCACGUUCAACGUGUCCCUGCCCGGAGAUGACCAGUUUGCUGUCGAGCUGCACACUGCUAAGCUCAUGCUGGAGCAGCUGUCAAGACAGGCAACCAAGAGCGCCACGGCUCCGAGUGUGGUGUGGCUGCGGCUGAGUGGCCUUCGUCAUGUUGUGGAUCGUUAUACGGAGGAAUCUUACCAGGCCUCUCAUGCCUUGCGGCUCAUCCGCGAAUUCGUGGACAAGGCCAAAAGCACCCUGAAGAAAGCGUAUGGCGACAAGGCCCUUCUGGUGGUCAUCACGCAGAACGACAAAACAACGGGUCCCGUCCGCAAGGCUCGCUCUCUCCUUGCAGCUGAAGACGAGAAGGAGGCGGCACAGAGUGGCGGGGGCACCACAGUGCCCUCUGGUGCAGCAGCCCCACUAGCCAAGGACGGCAACAGCUGGAACCUGGCAACUCCGUGGGACCAUGAGGCACAUGUAGCCUUUGUGCUGAUUGGCUUUGUGCUGUUGCUUUUGGCGCUCGCCCUUUUCGGCAUCUCGGUGGGCCUGUGGUUCAUGGACCCUGGUCGAGACUCCAUCAUCUACCGCAUGACCACACAGCGAAUGAAGAGGGACUAGUGUCUGUUGUCAGUGCUUGGUAUGCGAACAUGAGAAGUGGCACAUUGGUAGUGGGGGAAGGGGUUAGAAGGAAGCCUUUAUAAUGAGGCACAUUGUUUGCACAUGCUGAUUGGACAACAAGGGGAAAGGGGUGGGGGAGAGGGCAUUCACACACUUUAGAUGGAGUCGGGGAUUUCCAAGCUGUUUGUGGCCUCAAAGUGUCUCGAAAAGCGGCAAGAAAUUGCCUGCUGCUGAAAAAAAAUGCACAUGCAUUCUUGUAAUUCCAUCUGUUUUGCCAAAAUUGAUAGCAAAAAGAUUCUAAUUAAUAUUGAGUGUGCAUGAUUCCACUUGCAAAUACUGCAGAAAACAUUUGGCAUUAUGAGAGUGCAUACCAAAUGUUUUUUUGCGGGGGUAUGACAGCCUUCUCACUGGCAAUAUCAGUGGGAAAGGCUGAUGACAAAUGACUAUUUAGGAGAUAUCAGCACUCGCAAGAUCAAAUGCUUGCAUGAGGUACAGUGUGCAGAAAUAAAUAUGAAAUGAGGGUUCAUGUUAGUGUUAAGGGUAAUGUGAAUCACUGCUUAGUUGGCUGCAGUGAAGGAAAAAAAAAUGGUGAUAGGAGGGCACUAGCAUUACUGUCUGCAAUAUCAUACAAAAAAAGAAAAAUAAAGAUGAAGAAACACUGUGUGGGAACCCCUGAAUCAACUAAUCUGCUGAUGACUGCAGCUAGUAAAUGGCUGGCUCUAAAGUAUCGAAGCUGCAUCUGAGGUGCCUAUUUGUCUGCUGGCCUUAGUACUGGUAACUUAAAACUUGGCCUGUCUUCAGCUAUGAGUGAAUAUGCUUUCGGGCAAAGCAUAAUAGAAAAUGUGAGGGUGUAAGCUGUAGUCACCAGCUUUUUUAUGACCUUAAUUGUACAAUAAAUGACAUCUGAUGUGUUAUUUUCUGUGUUCCUUUUACCCAUGUUGCAAAUAAACACAUUCUCUUCUUUUUUUAAACUAUUUCUAACCAAGUUUCUUUUUUUAAUCACUUCCUUUAAGAAAACAUUGACACAGUGUGGAAAAAGUAGUGAUCAAAGUUCGUGUGCCAUGUUUUCUGUUGUACUGAAACUGUUCUUGUGGUUUGUUUGGCUAGAUAUGUAGCAUAAUAGGAAUACGAGUAAAUAUUGCUAAGGAAAAAACCUUCAUGUUUUUAUUCAGGUAAAACAGACUUAUCCCUUGUUGUUUGCAGAGUGAACUUGCUUUGCAAGAUCUUCUGUGCAUUGAAUCUUCUGUUUUGUGAAGUAAUCUAACCCAGCUGGCAAAAGCAAGAUAGCAGCAUGCGUGAAGUAUGACUUAUUCAUUUCAAUGACGUCAUUUCUAUUUUCAUUCUAGCAGGUUUCAAGCAUCCUACUACUAAUAUAAUCUCGACUACUUCCUGCUUCGUGAAUCACUGCCGCUAAAGCAGUUGAUGUGAAGGUGGCUCUGUUUUAUGCAAACAGUAUUCAUUUUAGUUUACCCUGUGUUGGUAGAUAAGGUAUUACUGAUUUUCAUUUUUCACUGUAAUAAGAAUCAUUUUAUUUGCCAGUGGUGUGUAGACAAUGUAGAUUGUAAUUUAGUGCCGAGAACAUUCGUUUUGCUCCCGAACUGUAAAUAGGGAUGAAACAUGUGGAUGUUGCAGGGGACUUUCUUGAUCUUGUAGUCGUGUGUAGAUAACACCACCAAGAUUUUGGGCUGGCCCUGUUUCGGCCCUUUCAUUUGUGAUCACCCCAAGUGUACAUACCUGUCUACAUGUGGAAACCUCUCAAUGCUGCUUCUGCGAACUUGAAGAGUGUUCUGUGGUGUUUAUCCUGCACUCCCGAUAUGCACUGUUUGCUUGCUUUUUACAUGCUUCUUGCUACUUUGGUUGAAACUGGAUAAAACCAUAUAAGUUGAUGUCUGAUCAGAACAUAAGUGCAUCUAGUCGUCGAGGCAGUUACAAUGUUAAAAAGGAAUGUAAAAUUAGUAGCGCUAUGCCAGUUAAUGUAAUUAGUGUAACCUAUUAUUGAUUGGUAUGAUGGCGUGGCAGUGGUGCAGGAUUGAAGACUAGGCAGGCCGAUACAGUGUGGCAUCACUAGCAGCUGUCCAUCAUAUUCAAUAAUCUGAUUUCUUCUAGGCUGGUGCAGAAUUGAUAUUUAGCAGUUACCCCCUUUUUUGUGUGUGUGUGAUUAAACAUAGUGAACAGCAUUGUAAGCACCCAUUUAUUUCAGAACUGCUUGCGGCGGUUGCAAGUUGACUGCAUCAACCAAAGACUUGUAGGUCUCUCUAGCUUGGCUUGUGCUGCAAGCCAGUAUUCACAUUCCAUAUUUGGAAGUGGUUCUGCCGCUUACAUGUUCUGACAUGAUAAAUGGCUGUCUAGUAAAAACUUGAGUUAUGUUGUU